ACUGACACCUUACGAGUGGUACAACCCCCACCCCUGUCUAAAGGGACGCUGCAACUUGCUGAUCAAUCAGUACUCUCUUGGCAACAGUUUCUGGUUCCCUGUUGGAGGGUUCAUGCAGCAAGGAUCCACCAUUGCUCCCAGAGCUCUGUCUACACGCUGUGUCAGUGGAGUGUGGUGGGCCUUUACUUUAAUCAUCAUCUCUUCAUACACCGCCAACCUGGCUGCCUUCCUAACAGUUCAGAGGAUGGAGGUACCGAUUGAGUCAGUGGACGACCUGGCAGAUCAGACGGCGAUAGAGUACGGCACCAUGCACGGAGGCUCCACAAUGACCUUCUUUAUGAACUCUCGGUACCAGACCUACCAGCGGAUGUGGAACUUCAUGCAUUCCAAGCAGCCCAGCGUGUUCGUGAAGAGCACAGAGGAGGGGAUCGCKCGUGUCCUCAACUCGAACUAYGCCUACUUGYUGGAGAGCACCAUGAACGAGUACUACCGGCAGAGGAACUGUAACCUGACUCAGAUCGGAGGCCUGCUGGACACCAAGGGCUACGGCAUCGGCAUGCCGCUGGGAUCAGUGUACAGGGAUGAGUUUGACCUUGCCAUCCUCAAACUGCAGGAGGACAAUCGUUUAGAAAUUCUCAAAAGGAAAUGGUGGGAUGGUGGCAAGUGUCCAAAGGAGGAAGACCACCGUGCUAAAGGUCUCGGUAUGGAGAACAUCGGUGGCAUCUUUGUGGUGCUUGUAUGUGGCCUGCUGGUGGCCAUCUUUAUGGCUGUGCUGGAGUUUGUUUGGAUGCUAAAACAAGCACCAGGAAAUGAGCAGUCAGUGUGUGAGGAGAUGCUGCGGGAGCUCCACGGGAUUGUGUUGUGCCGCGACAGCCUGCAGGUGAGGCGUCGGCGKGCGGCGUCCAUGCUGCGCCCUCGACCUUUGCCCCUGGAGGAGCGUCGAGCGCGGGCCGCCGCCGUCAGCCUCAGCAACGGCAAACUAUGCGGGGGCACGGGUCUGCCCGAGCCCCUCUCCCACAGACUCGCACAGGAGGCUGCCCUGGUCGCGAGGGGGUGCAGCCACAUUCGGAUUUGUCCCGAGUGCAGACGCUUCCAGGGACUGAGGAUGCGUCCCUCGGGGGCCACGGGGACCCUUCCGUCUCCCACGCACAGUGAGGAGAGCAUAGAGUGGGAUAAGACCACAAAUAGCAGUGAACCUGAAUAACGCUUGGGAAAUCCAAUUGACUUUUUCCAGCAAACCACCUCUUUUUUUUUCCAGGGAUCAAAAACUUUGUGGUAUUUUUAUUCAGCCAUUCGGAGCUUGUUCUUGAAUGGCAGGACGAUUCAUUUCGUCCUCGAGGCAACAGCCUGAAGUCAGUUUCAGGAACCUCUUUGGGUAAAUUUAUACCUCGGUCAGAGGAGAAACUGAUGAGCCUGUCUCGUGGUCUGUCCCUGUUGGCCCUUUGUACCCUACAAAGCAGGACAGACAUUAGCAGCUAUGGGGCAUUUGUACUAUGCAGUAUUUUCAGUCAUUUAUCAUUGUGCUGUUUCUUUUUUUUCUCUUUUUUUUCCUGUUUAAAUUAUUUCUGUCCUCUGAAUAUCAUUACUAAAUAUUGUUAAUCUGUUCUUUAAAAACAACUUUUUUUAUCUGAACCUGUAUUGCCUCUAAAAGAGCUGCAAAGGGGAACAGAGUAAUCCAAGGUCGUUCUUCAUAAUCCUUUUAUUUUUAAAGUGCCAAAAACAACGAGCGUUGUGGCUGAAGGAAGCACCGCAGCCUUGAGAAGACAACAAACUCUGAAAAACACACAGACUUCUUUUGUAGUAACAAUAUUCUAUUAAAAAAUAUUUUAACUGUUGGUAUCUCUGAAAGACAGUGCUGUAUGUCGAGAGGUGUUGGCAGCUGGUCAAACGAGKGAUUUUUGAAGUGGUGACCAUAACUGAAAAUAUGUUUCGCUCCCAAACACCUACCAAAAACACCUCCAGUUUUUUCUCGUUUUUUUUCCGUCAGUGUCAGGACAUUACUCUCUUCUCCAUUUGUAUUCCACACUUAUUCAUCAUCUUAUCAGCAGGCUCCUCUGUGAUCUCUCAUUUAUAUCCGCACCUGUUUGUGGCACAUUAUUCACUGUAAGAGACCAUUUUCUGCAGCACACAUGAUCAGGAAUGAUUUAAUGUGAUUGAAACCCAGCAUAUAUUAGAAAUAACCAAAAUAAAUAAG